AUCACUGUCAGACUUAUGUCACAUUCGUCGUAGAACAUAAAAGAAGCUUGCAAUCUCUCGGCAAUGGUGCUCUAAAUAUUCAAUUUGUUUUGAUAUAUCUUGUUGCAAUAUCUAUAAAGAAUAUUGCAAUUUACUACAGGUGCAUUUAUAUAUUUAAGACUACGACUGCCCAUUUCCUUUGUUUAGCCCCAUAAUAAAGUUAAAACAUGAGUCUCUCAGCCAUCAGAAAUGCAUUCAAAAAGUAUCCUAUUGUCAAAGGUAUGGCAACAUACAGUAUUAUAUGGCCAACAGGUUGCUUGAUACAGCAAACGAUGGAAGGAAAAACUUUGCGUACAUAUGACUACAAACAAUGCAUGAACUUUGCAAUUUUUGGGACGUUCUUCGUAGCACCAUCACUAUAUGGAUGGAUCAAAUUGUCCAGUCAUAUGUGGCCAACUAUGAGUCUGAAGGCAGGAUUAACAAAGGCAGUAGUGGAACAAUUCAGUUAUGGACCAUUUGCCGGGACAAGCUUCUUUUUUGGAAUGAGUCUCCUCGAGCAGAAAUCAGUCGACGAGGCAAUGGACGAAGUCAAAAAGAAAUUCCCCGACACCUAUAAAGUCGGGGUUUGCGUGUGGCCAGUGAUUCAGACGAUAAAUUUCACUCUUAUUGCGGAGCACAAUCGGGUUCCGUUCGUGAGUAUAUGUAGUUUAUUGUGGACCACUUUUCUCGCAUAUAUGAAGCAGCGAUCAUCGACAUCGGCGACGUCAGUGGCGAUUCAACCCAGUACAAUGAGUGCCAUUCAGCAACAGGAACCUAUCUCUCAAAACCAGCCAAUGGUAGCAUUGUAGAAAGGCCAAAGAUAUUUCAGUUUACUUGUUAAGUUUUGAAACCAUGCAACAAAAAUAUGGUGCCAGUUUAGAAAACUGCGCGGGUGAUAAAUGCAUAUUAUUUUAUUUAUAACUAGACCAAAUUUAGUGAAUGUAACAGAAUUGUAAAAAUAAGACAAUAAAGCCACCGAUGUAAACGUCA